AUGCAGCGCGAUAAUCUGCGAUUCAACUCAACCACCCAAACCACAUCUCACCCUCUCAAUACCGCGAUGGCGCCGAUGACGCCACUCAGCUCUAGUCCCAGGAAGCGACGCGUAGCGAGUCCCGCAAACGGAGUCAAGACACCACCUCUCUCACGGGAAGCUGCGAUACCAGAAUUCAGUCCCGAAGACUCCCAAGAUGUCGGCCAGCACGAUGCGUCUGCGCUGUCGGACGAAGUCGACACCCACCUUGUCCAAAACAACGGAAUGCUGCGCCUCCCAUCCGAACUCCUUGAAAUGGUAGCUUCCAACAUGCUCGGCACUACGCACAUCUUCAAUUUUGGACUGGUCAACAAACGUCUUGGAGAAAUUGUUCAAAAAACCAUCCUGCGAGAGCUGAUCGUGUCGGGGAGGAACAUCAAAGGCUUCUUGCGAAUGCUUGGCUAUCAGCCGGAACUCCUUAGCAAGGUACUCAGUAUCAAUCUUGGGGAUUUCGGGUGCAGUCACCACGUAGGCUGUUUCUGCGCGAAUGGAAACAGUCUCGACCUGGACAUACUGGAAGGUCUUGGCGCAGCCAUCUCUACGACUACUGGACAUACCCCGGACUGGAGCCGAGUUUGGGAAAGCAACGCCUCAGUCGGCACCAUAUGGAGGAAGGAGCCAGCGCUUUACCUUAAUCUUCUCGCGAUAUCGUGUCCCAACAUCAAAUCGGUGGCUGUUCAGCUACCGGAAGUGAGGCCCUUUUUCUCCAGCCAACCGCCACGUUCGCUUCAGCGGGCACCUCUAGUCUUUCCAGCGCUGAAUCUUGAGAUGCUACCCGGUGCUCCAUUCCAAGGACCAGCGUUACCACUGUUCCAGGCCAAGCUCGAAUCUCUCACAAUCGCGGAGAACACCAGAUGGAAAGGGCCGCCCACCAUCGAGGUUCUUGAGUCGCACGAUGCCAAAUGGAGGAGUAUGGGAGCGCACAUAAUCACACUGGCGGAUUUCGCAAGAUUGAAGCGGCUUGACAUACCCAUGGGCAUUCUUGGGCGCCCCGACGACGUAGUCUUCUCUCUUGCGGCCAAACCUUUUGCAGCACGUGUCAAUGAUGCGCUCCCGGCUAAAAAGACUUUAGAAGAGGCACGUUCCAAAGUCAUACCACUCACUAUCCAACGCCUUCACUUGCGCUCGUGUAAUAAAUGGACGUUUGCUCUUUUGCAAAGAAUAAACGAAAUCCCCGUGGGCGACCUGAGACUCAAGCACAUUGAGCUAUCUUUCAACACGCCGUGCAAACAACUCAUCAUACUGUGCAACGCUUUCGAUCUGGGUCGGCUGGAUUACCUUGACCUACUUACAAGCCUCGGUCGCAAAGGCAUCAAAGUGACCUUCCAUAGUGGGUCCCAAGAGGUAACCGGCGACAUGCGCCAAGAACUCGAGGCUUUUUAUCGUUUACGGCCUCUGGAAAUGUGGCGCUGUUCAGGGUCAUCAGCGCCAUUCUCCGAGUGGGCUCCAGAAGCAAGCAGACAACCCCAACCGGCCUUUGGCGUCAGGGUGUUCUUACGUCACGCUGACCACCACUCGCAACUCCUGAACAGCCCCACAUUUGAUUUGAGGUUGUGGAUACAGAGUGCAUUCUUUCAUGGUAUCAGGAGCAGCAAGUGGGAUCCGCAGCUUCAAGAACCAAACAAGAAGCAAGCGACAAUCGACUCUAGUGGAUGGGCUGACAGGGCUCUGGGGAAGCAUCUGGACAGUUUCCAGUUCACUCUCCGCUUCGAGCAGAAACUUGCGCCUCUCGCUAAAGAGACUCUAUUCCUUGGUGCGAGCUUUGUCACCACGGAGAGUACGAACGCACAGUCUCCAGAUCAGUACAGAGACUCGAUCAAGAAACCGUGUGCGAAAGAAGAGCAGACAAAGCGGUCCAAGAAAGCUGAAUUCAACGAGCCUGCAUCAUACAUUACCGAUAAGGCGCAGGGCUUGGACGAGGACAUAGAACGUCUGCAUUUAGAAUCUGUAAGUAUCCCCAUGGCCGCCGAGUUCAGUGAGACACUGUGGGCUAGCGUUGCCUGGAAGAUACUGCUGCAACCGAAGAGGAGGUUAUGCUACAGGAACUGUUCAGAAGGUUUGGGUGGUAUCUAA